GUUCGAAGAUGAGUCCGUCGAUGAAGCGUCAUGGGGCGGGAGGGCGUGGAGAAAACACACCCCCCAUCUCCUCGAUGUCGUCUCUGAUGAUGGAAGCUCGCAUGCUUGCGGCGGACACCACGUGGCAGCUGAUCGAAGGUGGCAACGGGGCCCCCUCCCCGGGUUUCCCCACACCGGUCCUCUGGUGGGAGGGCUUUACGACGCAACUUCGGAUUCUCUUCGUCGCCAAGCACGAGUACAUCGGCGCGCUGUUCCUCAACUCAAAGGGCGGAUGCCAGAUCUGGUUGAGCCACCUGGCAAUCGUCCACGGUGUCGACGUCGCAGAUCUGAAAGAUAAGAUCUCUUGGGAAGAGCUGACACGGCUAUGGAAGAAGCGGUUGAUCGUGGACGACGCACCAGCACUCGCCAUCAACCACCUCUUCGCUAUGACGCAAGGCAACACAUCGACACGUGACCGGCUCACAGAAUGGCAAAAGAUCGCAGCAACGCCCGAUCUUGACUUGCCAUUUUCGCAUCUGCGCCGAGAGUUCUACAACCGGUCAUGUGUCGCCUUGAGCCUUGCACUUGGUGAUCGCGAGCAAUACGCAACCUUCGCUGAAAUCAUCGACAAGGCAAGGGAGAUCAUCAAGACCAAUAGGGCAGUUGCACAUGAGAAAUCAGCAUGGCAACCAACCUAUGUGGAGAAGGUGAAAACUGGUCCGCGGCCGCAGCAUGUCGCUGCAGUCCAAUCGGACAACAUUGUGGAAGACCCGGUAGCCAUCCAAGCGUCAUGUGAGGGAGAUCAGGUGGCUGCUGUCCAGCCGCAAAGCAACAACAAGUCCCGAGGAAACGGGAAGGCGAAAACCGCAUCGCCGGCCGGAACCGGACAUCUAGCACCAUGGGUCAAGUUUCACUUGACCGAGGCGGAAUACAAGUGGCGCGGCCGCUACGGCUGCUGCUAUUGGUGCAACAACACCAAGAACAAGACCUCCCAAUGCCCGGAUCAAGGCAAGGAGGAUGUUCGGCCUCGUAACUGCCACGAUGUACGAGCUGCCGGCGUGCCUCUGAUGCAGGUCGCUGGCAUGGGCUCCAGCUAUGGCGCCCAGCCUGCUUGGGUCCCUACCGGAGAUGGAGGGCGAGAACAGCAGGAAGAAGAAGAUGCUGCCCUUCUCGCUUUCUCACCUGCAGGUAACUGCCACGAUGUACGAGCUUCCGGCGUGCCUCUGAUGCAGGUCGCUGGCAUGGGCUCCAGCUAUGGCGCCCAGGUGACGAUUGCUCACCUUAGGGAGCGGCCAUCAACGAACACUGGGAGCAGCAGUGGGAGUGGCAGUAGCAGCAGCAGCAGUGGCAGCAGCACCGGGGGGGGCAGUUUUGUGAGUAGUUUUGCUAGCAGCACAACCACACGGUUGUCUUCGCGUCUACUUUCAGGUAAUGGAGCAGGAUUAUUUCGCUCGGGGGGCAGCAAUGGAAUUGCGAGCAAGUUCACAGGAGGGAGUCGUGUGUUGCUUGGGGGAGGGACACCGAGUUCCACACCUGGAGGUGCCACAAACAGCACGCCAGGGGUGUCGGUAGAUGGAGAAGGGACGUACCUUAUUUUCAACGUAGGUGAUGCACUCUUCAUCAGUGACUACAACUCCCAAGACAAGGAACCUUUAAAAUCACUAUACUUCAGCAAUGUACAUCCCGGGUGCCAUGCAUUUAAUCCUAGGGUAACGGAUGGCCAUGAUUUGUUGAUCGGGCUCACCACCGGGGAUGGUAGGUGCAACGUCUUUCCGGGUCUGACCUCUGUGGAGUGGCUUGGCUUAUGGCAAAUUUUCAUUCUGGUCCUAGAAUCCAACAUUCACUGUUCCGUCCUUAUACUAUACUCAGCAGAUUGGAAGCUGCAAAUGGACGCUGCCCCUAAGGCAGAGAAAACGCAGUACCGGUUCUUCUACGAGAAAGUGUUGAAGAGGGAGGAGGAAGAGAAAGAAAAGGAGAGGGAGGAGAAGGUAAAGGCUCAUGAAGCCAUCUUUUGUACCUUACCUGCCCUAACCGAUGAGGAGGUGGAAGAGAAAACCGUUCCACUCCUCCGGGCCUUGGUGGAUGUCCGGACUGUUGAGGACCGCGCUGGCCAACUCGCCAAAGUAUUCAACGAGCUUAAGAAGUUGCGCGAGGACAUGGCCCAGAUGGCGCAGCAGCACCGUGACCAGCUGCAACAGCUUGCUAAUGUGCAGCCAGCCCAAAGCACCCUUCCAUCUACCUACCCUGCUUCUAGUGCUGCGUGUCAGUCUGUUUUUGCCCCUCUAAAUGUGUCCUCUUCUACUUCUUUUUCAUCCUUGACUGUGGCUAACAGCCAAGCCGGAUCUGCAGCAGGUCCAGACCCCGCUGCUGCUGCUGCUGCUGCCGCAGCGGCAAGUGGUGGUGCAGGGAAUUCUGGAACUGUUGCAGCCCCGGGCCCGGACCCAGCAAUGGUCGGGCCAGGCGGCAGUUUUGCUUACAUCGACAGGAAGGCGGCGCAGAUUUCAUCCGAGUAUGACGGAAAGGACGAAGUCGAGUCUUGGAUCAGCUCCAUGCGAUCCUACUUUGAUGUAUUGGGAACACCCCCGUCCACUCAGUCGUCUAUCCUAGGGACCAAUGUGGAGCCCGUCGUGAGAGGUUUCCUGGAAACCCAAGCUGUCCAAUCAGGCUAUAAGAGAAUAGACCUGAACAAAUGGCUAAAGGCUACGCCUACUGCCGCACUUGAGGAUCUCUUGAUCAAACAAUAUGUUGGUCCACAUGCUGCAACUAAAGCAAGACUUAAGCUUGACAAGCUCAAGCACAGCAAGUGGACCGGCACCAUGCACAACUUGCAGCAGUAUGUUAGUAAACUCUUUGCUACUCCGGAUCUGGAGAUGACUGCGCAGUCCUGUCUGGAUGUGAUUAAAGGAACGGUCCCCUCUACUCUGAAAGAUCGCCCAGGGCUCGGGCUCAGUGGAUAUACAGAUUGGCUUACCCUCAUGCGGGAUUUAGUCAAGCUAGAGGCACAAGACCUCCCGGGUGGAUCAAGUGGCAAAAAGGCCACCAGCCGCAAGCGGUUUCUUGGCAGCAACCGUUUUGCAGCACAUGAUCUGCUUGAGGUUGACGAGGAGACCCUCGUGGAUGAAUAUUCUCUUGAUGACGAUCAAGAGCAAGACUACGGGGCAUCUUGCUCUUUGUCAGUCCACGAGUCUGAGUGUAUAAAUGACGAUGAAUCUAUGAAUGCCUUUAAAAAGACUGCCUUCAAAAGUGGGUGCAAAGUCUUCAGCAAGAUCGAUCUCAAGUCUGGCUACCACCAGAUUGAGGUCGAACCUGCAGACCAGCACAAAACUGCAUUCAAGACUCGCGAUGGGUUGUUCAUAAGUGCAUAUUGGAAAGACUUCACCUCCCAGACCUACGACAUGAAACUCAAGAUGACGUCUGCUCGACACCCCGAAGCCAAUGGACUCGCCGAGGAGAUCAACCAGACCGUGAUCCAACUUCUUCGGGCUCUUAUCGUGCCUGACCAGAACUCGUGGGAUGAGGACCUGCCGAUUGUGCAGGGGUUGUACAACAACUCCAUCCACUCUUCCACCGGGAUGACGCCUAACCAGCUGCACCUCGGAUGGAAAAUUCGCAAUCCCCUAUCCUAUCUGUUCCCGGAACAGCCACCUGGCCUAACACCUGGCCAGCCAGGCUACAGUGCUACGUACGAUCGUUUGCUUAAAGUCGUUGUCGCAGCCAUGGAGAGGCGACGCAGUGCUAUGAUUAACCAUGCAAACAAGAAGCGCCUGCAUGAUCCCUUCACCGUGGGAAGUUAUGUCUCGGUCAAGAUGUCUGAGUUUUCUGAAGAAGAAGGCGUGUCACGAAAACUUCUUCCUCAGUAUUACGGUCCGUGGAGGGUGCUGAAUCGAGUAGGUAAUGAUUCCUUCAGUCCUUCUUACACAAUUGAUGUGCCUGCGCAUCUGCGCACGUAUCCAGUCUUCCACGCAUCGAAGUUAUUUCCGUAUGAGCCACCUGAGACGUUCAAAUAUCGAGAAUCGUUGAUUCCUCGCGCAAUCAAUGGCGGCCACGAGGUUGAUAGAAUUGUCGAGCACAGUGGGAAGGGAAGAAACAAACAGUACAAAGUCCAUUUUCUGUACCAUCCGCUGGAUGAUUUCUACUGGAUUGCUAAGAAAGACUUACUACAGAGUGCACCACGUCAAGUAGUGGAUCAGUAUGCUGAUCUGAUGCAGGAGCCCUUUGGGUUACCCAACCGGCCAACCAAGCAUCACAUCGAGCUGCUGCCUGGAGCGGUCCCUCCUAAGGGUCGCGUCUACAGGAUGUCUUCUGCUGAGCUUGAGGAGCUCAGAAAGCAGCUUGAGACCCUGACCAGCAAGGGCUGGAUCAGACCCAGCACAUCUGAAUUUGGUGCACCUGUUCUCUUUGUGCCCAAAGGGAACGGCGAGUUCAGGAUGUGCAUUGACUAUAGGGGUCUCAACAAGAUCACUAGGAAGAGUACUGAGCCACUUCCUAGGAUCGAUGACCUCCUGGAUAUGGUGCAGGGUUGCACAGUGUUCAGCAAAGUCGAUCUCAAGUCUGGCUACCACCAGAUUGAGAUGGCAGAGGAGGAUGUCUAUAAGACAGCCUUCAAGACCAGGUAUGGAAUUUACGAGUUCCUGGUCAUGCCAUUUGGACUUUGCAAUGCCCCAGGCACAUUCCAGACAGAGAUGCACCGCAUCUUCAGGCCUUACCUGGACAAGUUUAUGGUUGUCUACCUGGAUGAUAUCCUGGUAUUCAGCAAAACUGCCAGGGAACAUGCGGAGCACUUGGCUCUAGUUCUUCAGUCGUUAUGCGACAGCCAGUACAAGAUCAACAGAGAGAAGUCCUCUUUUGGAGUUCCCUCUGUCAUCUACCUGGGUCACGUAAUCUCUGGAGAUGGCCUGGCUCUUGAAGCAGCCAAGAUUGCUGCUAUUCAGGAGUGGCCUCAGCCACAGACAGUGAGGGAUGUCCGGUCCUUCAUGGGUUUGGCCUCCUACUACAGAAAUCAGUAUGGCAUUGGGGCAGUACUUCAGCAGGAUGAUGGGAAUGGUCUACGACCUGUAGAGUUUAUGAGUAAGAAGAUCAAGACUCAAAAGCUCCAGGACUCUACCUACGAGAAAGAGCUGAAUGCUCUUGUCUGUGCCCCGAAACAUUGGAAGCACUUUCUCCUGGGCAGGCACUUCAAGAUCUUUUCAGAUCACUUCACCCUACAGUGGAUGAAGUCCCAGGGAGAGUUGAACGAUAAACUGGCACGGUACAUUCAGUUCAUAGACAUGUUUGACUUUGAGCUGAAACACAAGAAGGGUUGCUACAACAAGGUGGUAGAUGCCCUCUCUCGUAGGCCUGACUCUUUUGCUCUGAUCUCCUCUACUCACUCCUUUGGAGAGGAUACCCGUCAGACCAUUGCUCGUCUACUGCCUCAGGAUGAGACUUUUGGACCCAUUGUCAGGAAUCUGCAAGCAGAUCCUAACUCUGAACCAGGCUAUGCUCUGAGUUCAGACUUGCUGUACACCUACAUCAGAGGUGAGGAGCGCUUGUGCAUUCCCCAGGACCAGCGGCUCAGGACACUGCUGCUAUCAGAGUGUCAUGAUGCCCGUCGACACUUCGGGUUCCUAAAGUCUUAUGCAGCCUUGUCGCAGCGCUUCUUGUGGAAGGAGAUGCGGAGUGAGAUGUUGCGUUAUGUGGACACCUGUGAGCUCUGCCAAAGGAACAAGGUUCAGCGUAAACCUCCUUUGGGACUGCUCAAACCCUUACCCAUACCUGAUGGCCCUGCCCAAUCUGUGUCGAUAGACUUCACAGAUCUAGGCAAGACCACCCCUCGUGGCAUGCGUCAGGUUAUGGUCUGCGUGGACAAGUUCUCCAAAUACGCAAAGUUCAUCCCCUUGUCAGAGGUAGCUAGGGUACCGACUGUGAGAGCAGCUUUCUCUGAGAGGUGGGUCACACACCAUGGACCGCCCACCUCUAUCGUCAGUGAUCGUGACCCCAGAUUUUGCAGCGAUGAGUGGCAGUCCUACUGCAAGGACUAUUUGCACUCACGUCUAGACAUGACCUUUGGUCAUCAUCCUGAAGCCAAUGGAUUGGCUGAGGUGAUGAACCAAGUCUUGUUCCAGCUGCUGCGUCCUGUCAUCUCUCAAGAUCAACAGGACUGGGAUCUUCACUUAGCGAGGGCACAGCUCAUGUAUAACAUGUCUGUCCACUCCUCGACAGGGUUCAGUCCCUACCGGUUACACUGGGGAUGUGAACCGCGCCAGCCUCUCGAUGAUAUCAUUGACAAGGCUAAGCCUGAUCUGACGCCAGGCACCGCAAAGUUCGCCAGACGCUAUCGUCUGGAUGUGGAAAGAGCCCGCGCGAACUUGUUCAAGGCCCAAAAGGCCAUGAUUGAACAAGCCAAUCGCCACAGGCGGCCUUCCCCCAUCCGUACUGGUGAUCAUCCUCAGCGCAUCUACCCUUGGGGGUAUCUGCGUAUGGUCGGGCUACGUUGAGGCUCUACACUGAGUGGUUUGUGGGUGGUGGCAGCCAUAGCUGCCUGUUCUUUCGUCAGAGUUGUCCAGCGGCACUGAAGACUUCAUCGCAGGACCUGUUCUUCAUUAUAGGGUGGUUGGCGCUGGCCUCUGGGAGGCUGUUCUGACAUAGCGCUACUAACUGGGUGUAGGAUAGAGAGUGGGGUGUGAGUUUGGGUGUGGCGAGAUACUGGAACAAACUCUGUUACAAUAA